AUGGAGAAGGAGAGCAAUAAUCAGCUGCCUUUCCUCGACGUUCUUGUGACACAUCUAAAUAGCAUUCAUCCCAGCAUUCAGUUCACCAUGGAGAAGGAGAGCAAUAAUCAGCUGCCUUUCCUCGACGUUCUUGUGACGAAAAAGGAAGACGGGACGCUCGGCCACCGAGUGUACCGCAAGCCCACACACACAAACCGUUACCUUCAUAAUAACUCAAACCACCACCCGAGACAAAAAAUGGUUGUCAUCAAUACCCUCUUGCACCGAGCAGAAAGAAUCUGCGAAAAGACACAUUUGAAGGAGGAACUGAAACACCUUGAGCUAGCAUUUCAGGCCAAUGGAUUCACUAGAGGAGAAAUUAGAAGAGCCCUUCAUCCCAAGAGGUCGAAUAACGAACAGAAGCCUACCCCAUCUGAACCAUUAGGGAAAAUGUUCUUACCUUACCUACACAGAGUUACUGACCGAAUUGGAAAACUCCUUGAUUAA